GGGUGCAAUGAAGCUGAGGGCGUGGGAGGGCCGAGGGGCGCGCGGGUGAAGGUGCAAUUUGUAAGCAAGCCUCGGGCCCUUUGCGGAGACCGAGGAGCGCUCGGCCGGGCUAGGGGUCCGCGGGGAACCCCGCCCUCUGGGCCUCGCCUUCGCCCCGCCUGUCCCGCGCACCUGGCCUUGAAGUGGUGCAGCUGCGGGUGGUGGGCGCCGCGGUAAACCCGGAAGGCCCGCAUUCAGCCUAGUCUGCACCGGGUGCCCAUCCCGAGGGCCGCGUCUAACUUGGGGGUAUUCGGCCUGGGGUGGGCCUAAACGCGCCUCUUUUAGAACCGUGAGUUUGGGCUUAGGCCCCGCUGCUGGAAUAUUGGCAGUCCAAUUGGAAUUGCAACCGAACUGGAAGUGACACUAGAAAACAGGAGCGAGGGUUUAUGGCCACCUCGACACACACUCGAGCUAGUGACUCUCCCUGAGGGCUGUGGAGUUACGGAGGCCGCGCUCUUCCACCGGAGUCUUGCCCGAAUCCUCACCCUUUGCUUGCAACGCCUUCCCUUGGAGCCUUACAAAGAGGGUCCAACGCCUUAAGUGGCCUAAUGCGUGUCACUCCUUUGUCUCUGGCCAGGAGGCUCUCGCCCCAGGUACCGGUGCCCUCAGCCCAUCACACCCCUCCAAUUCCAUCUCUGGAAAUAACACCUCUCUCUUGGCUGCAAGGAGCAGGGCAAGAAAACGCUUUAGUAGAAGAGAGAUGGAGGGAGAGAGACUGAGAACCGGGGGGCAAGGGGGACCGGUGUUCUCAGGGCUCGCUGGUGGGAAAUGAUUGACAGUGCUUGAUUACUUUCCAGGAGAAAGUCAAGAGUUUAAAACGACAGCAUAUGAAACAAGGGACUAGAAGUCCCUAGAAAUUAAUUUAAUGAGCACAAAUCCUGAACUCGAGAUAGGCAUGGCAAGCUCAGUUGCCUUUCUGGGUUUAUUUGGUAAGAAGUGUUAGUGUUGCUUAAGUGAAAUUUUAAAAUGACACAGAAGCUUUAUUGCAACUAUAUUGAAAGUUUGGAGUAGGGAAAUUGCCACAGUAGUUCUGUUAAGCGAUGCCUGUUAGGACAAUCGAAAACAAAAGAUUUCGUGGUUUCAUUAUUAUCAUUUUAUUUUCUUCCUGAAAAUGUGCAAGAAGGGCUCAUCUGGGUGGCCUGUGGUUUGUUUGGGAGAGGGGUGGGGAAAUCCAUUCUGACUAUAAUUUAAAAGAGAACGAAUUCUUAAAAUAGAGAUGUUGAUGUUGCAGAAAACCCCCCCAACGGCACCUACUCUGCGCCCUAAAGACGCGAAAAGCGAAUGGAAGGCUCUGGCCGCCACUGCAGCUUCUGCAACCAGGCCCAAGGGGCUCCUGGAAGCAGUCCCUGAACUAAAAGUGGCGUUUAACCCCAAGAUAAUCUGCUCGUGUGGGCACUUGCAAAACAACGGAGCCCACGUGAUCCGGGGAUGUGGCGGAGGGAGGGUUGACAUUUACUACAAGGUGCAGCCGAGGAGGGGACGCGCGUGCCGCUCUCCCAGGUUUCGGUCGGCGGCCUGUGUUGUUGUCUCUGAGGCUCGCGGGGAAGGUUUGGCGGCGUCCAAGGCAGACCGUUCGGAGACAUUCAUCUUAUUUUGUUUGAAAAGGUACUCGUUCAAGUUGUCACUGUGCAACAGCUCGGAAUAAAGCUAAUUUGUGACUGCCCCUCCUGUCUUCCCAGGGGAUCCCAGAGGCAGCGAGGCGGACGCGGCGCUAAAUUGGGCGGAGACUCGGGGCCCCAGCAUUCCAGCGCGAGAGCUCGGGGCUGGGCAGCAUAGGGCUGGGGCCCGUGGACGAUACUGAUUCUCGGAAAAAUUGGGCCCAAGUGAAGUAAAGACCAGGGAACCUAGAGGGCCACCAGCGCGUUCCGGAGGUCGGGCUUUGCUCCCGCGAUCAUUUUGUCGGAGCAUCAGUUUCCCCAGGCGAGCGCUCCUGGAGCGCGGACAGGCUCUCCACGUCCCGUGCCGGUUCCGCGCUGCAGAAGUUAUUAGAGGGUCAGCAUUCCCUUGAGCCGCCGUCCGGGCCCUUACACCGCAGAGAAGAACGCGCGUCCCGGGGACCCUGCUGGGCUCCAGCACCUCCUGCAAACACGAGGCAGCGGGGCGGGGCCGAGGGUGCGGGUCACGCCCCCCUCGCCCAAGUCCCCCUCCACGGCCCGCUCCCAUUGGUCACGAGGGUGGCCAAUGAGCACUCAGAUCGAGGUCCUACCCAGAGUCUGACUCGAAAGCUCCUGCCAAAACUUUGGGAGUUUUUAGAGAGGAGUUUUUUUUUUUCCCCCUCUUAUUACUUUUUUUUUUUUUUUGGUAACUAACGGAUUAUUAUUGUUGCUGUUUUAAAUUUAGCUCUCAGGGCUUAGCUGUUUGGGUUUUUCUUUCGGUGCCCGGUUCCUGUCUCGCAGGCUUCCCUGGAGUGUGCGGAGCCACGGCCCCCGCCCGCCGCGUCGCCUCCGCGCCCCUCGCUCGCCCGCAGCCCGCGAGGAGCGCGGGUCCCGCGCCGCCUGGAAAGUGAGGCCAGGGCUGACUGCGACCGGCCGGGAUCCGGGCCUCGCCUCCUCCCUCGGUGGCGCUAGGGCUCCCUGGCCUCUCUUCGGUGCGGACAGAGAAACGAAAGCAGAUCGUCCUCGGCUGGGCUGCCGCCGCCUCCUGCGCUCGGCGCGUCCCUCCCCGCGCACCCACCCACCCACCCAUCCACCCGGCCCGGCCAGGCCGCGGCGGUCGCUGGGCGCACCCCCGCCAGGAUGUUCGCCGCCGGGCUGGCUCCCUUCUACGCCUCCAACUUCAGCCUCUGGUCGGCUGCUUACUGCUCCUCGGCCGGCCCGGGCGGCUGCUCCUACCCUCUGGAUCCCGCUGCGGUCAAGAAACCCUCCUUCUGCAUCGCAGACAUUCUGCACGCCGGUGUGGGGGAACCGGGGGCGGCCCCGGAGGGCCUGGCGGGGGCCUCGGCCGCCGCCCUCACCGCGCACUUGGGCUCCGCGCACCCGCACGCCUCUUUCCAAGCGGCUGCCAGAUCCCCGCUUCGACCCACCCCAGUGGUGGCGCCCUCCGAAGUCCCGGCUGGCUUCCCGCAGCGGCUGUCUCCGCUCACAGCUGCCUACCACCACCAUCACCCACAGCAACAAGAGCAGCAGCAACAGCCUCCGCCUACACCCCGGGCCGGCGCCUUGCAGCCCCCCGCCUCCGGGGCCCGGUUGGUCCCGAACCCUCAUCAUAGCGGCUCGGCCCCGGCCCCCUCCAGCAAGGACCUCAAAUUCGGAAUUGAUCGCAUUUUGUCUGCAGAAUUUGACCCAAAAGUCAAGGAAGGCAACACGCUGAGAGAUCUCACGUCCCUGCUAACCGGCGGGCGUCCUGCGGGUCUCCAUCUCCCGGGCCUGCAGCCUUCCGCCGGCCAGUUCUUCGCGUCUCUAGAUCCCAUUAACGAGGCUUCUGCCAUCCUCAAUCCCUUAAGCUCCAACCCGAGAAAUUCAGUUCAGCAUCAGUUUCAAGACACGUUUCCAGGUCCCUAUGCUGUGCUCACGAAGGACACCAUGCCACAGACAUACAAAAGAAAACGCUCAUGGUCACGGGCGGUCUUCUCCAACCUGCAGAGGAAAGGCCUGGAAAAAAGGUUUGAGAUUCAGAAGUAUGUGACCAAGCCAGACCGAAAACAGCUGGCCGCGAUGCUGGGCCUCACGGACGCACAGGUGAAGGUGUGGUUCCAGAACCGGCGGAUGAAGUGGCGCCAUUCCAAGGAGGCCCAGGCCCAGAAGGACAAAGACCCUAAGGAGGCGGGCGAGAAACCCGCAGGCGGAGCCCCAGCAGCGGACGGGGAGCAGGAGGAUCGGAGCCUCAGCCGCUCUGAGGGUGAGGCCGAGAGCGACAGCAGCGACUCCGAGUCUCUGGACAUGGCCCCCAGCGACACAGAGCGGACUGAGGGGGCCGAGCGGUCUCUGCACCAAACCACGGUCAUCAAGGCCUCGGCCCCGGGCGCACUCCUUUCUGCCAGCUGCGGUGGGAAUGGCGGCAGCAGCGGCAGUGGCGGUGGCGGCAGCUUUAGCUUCAGCAGCCUUAGUAGCAGCAGCGCCAGCGCGGGGAGCGGCGGCGGCGGCGCCCCAGAGUUGCUCCCUGCGCCCCAGCCCUCCCUCAGCAGCGCUCCCAAAAGUCCGGAGCCCGCCCAGCCGCAGCUCGGAGGCCUAUAGAUUGGACCAGGGCAGAGGGGACUUGGGGCCCAGCAAGCAGACGCUCAGCCGUCCAGUGUGGCUGGAUCUUGUGCCUAUUUUAUGGUGGCGGCCUGGACAGGGCCCGAGACGCCGCGGCGGAGCCUCCUUCCCGACGUUUGGGUCUCACUGGCCGCCUGGUGCAGUCCACACUGCACAGAGAGCAGGGCAGUGCUUCUCCCCCGGAUAGGAGCAGCUCACACUGUGAUGUGGGUGACUCAACAGUUCCUCCCCGCUGCAGGGGUCGCAGACACAUGCUGCACACAGGACGCCACAAACUUGUAAAUAAAA